AUGUAUAUCAAUCAUUUAAUUAAGAAACGAUAUCUUUAGAAAAUUAUUAGAAGCUUUUAGAAAUCUAAAAAUAUUAAAUAAAUAUAUUUAUUUUUAUCAAUCAUCACUUAUAUUUUUAAAUAAACAGUGCCUAAAAAUAUUAGAUAUAAUAAAAUUAUUAUCAAGAAAAAUCAUUUUAAAUAGAUAAUUUAGCAAAAAAUGAAAUUAUUUCAAUUGAUUAAAGACAGCUUUUAGGAAAUAUUUUUACCUAAUUUUGACAUAAAAGAAGACCCUAUAGAUACUCAGUAUUGGAGAAUUAUUAGAGAAAAUAAAUUGCGUACAUUGAAGGACUUACUUUCUUCAAAUUAAUUGCAUCCUGAUGAUAUUUGUAUAUCAUAAGCUGGGCAUACUUUUCUUCAUGAGACUGUGGUUAGUAAUAGAAAAGAAAUGUUUAAACUAUGUCUUAUUUUCCAUGCUGAUGUUAAUAGAAGAGAUAAAAAUUAAUGGACUCCUUUGAUGAAAGCUUGUGCACUUGGUAGAUACUAAAUGGUAUAAGAUUUAAUAGAAAAAGGAGCUGAUCCAUAUCUUGCAGAUUAUAAAGGGGAAAAUUCCUUUGAUAAAGCAGAAAAAUUUGAUCAAAUUAAUGUUCUAAAUUUAUUAAGAAGCCAUUUUAAAAAUGAAAAUUCUAUUAAAAUCGAAUAAAAUAAUUAAGAAAAUACUAUAAUUAUAGAUGAAGAUGAAAAAUUUUGA